AUUCAAAUCGCCAUCUUCGGUCGGUUAAAUUUGAGUCUGUUUUUAACACUUUUUUUUAAUUCGUGAGACGAAUAUGGUUGAUUCAACUCCAAACGAGGACUGGUUGGAUAAAUUGGAUGGGCCAAAGUAUUAUCAUGACUUUGAGGAUGUUAGGCUUGGCCAGAAUCCAUUUUCUAAUAGAGAAGAUGCCGACCAAUACUUUGGAGUUGAUCACGAGAAACUAGGCUCUCAGAAGCAUGACAGUCAGUCGGAUUCAGCUAUUGAUGAUUACGAGACGGCAGGUAGUUCAGACCAUGAAGAAGUUGAGGAGGAAGGAUUACAUGAGGAAGUCAGCGAAGUACAUAAUGAAGAAGAAAAUGAAGACGAAAAUGAAGAAGAGAACGAAGUUGAAAAAGAAGAAGAAAGAGAAGAAGAAACUGAGGAAGUAAAUAAGGAGGCAAAUGAAGAGCAAACCCAACCUGAGGAACAAGUAAAAGAUAUUUCCAAUGAAGAUACGAGUGAAAAUAAGAAUAAUUCAAGAAGACCACCAAGAAAUCUUUGUACUAACUUUGAAGAGUGGGAUAAAAUGAAAGCUAAAUGUAAAGUUGCUAACAAUUCAUCAGCACAUCCACAUCCAACAAGAAAGAAAAUUGUAGAUAAAUCUAUACAAAAACUAAAGAACGAAACUUCACCUCAUACAAGAACCAGAAAUGCUUCCAGCGUUUCUACAGCUUCAUCUUCUUCAUCCAGUAUAAAAUUGCCAACAAUACCAACAACUCCGGAAUUUAUGAGGAGGAAUAGAAAUGCAAAGCCGAAAUCCACAGAAGAUCAGCAAUUGCAAGAAAUUAAUCGAAAAAAAGAAGAAAUGAGAAAAGCUUCUAUUAAAAAUAAAGCUAACUUAAUAAAGAAUAAAACAGCAACCUCUCGAGUCCAAAAACCAACACCCAAAUCUCCGACAAGGCCGGAAGAGUUUCAUUUCGCCUCGGACUCUCGUCUUCGUAGUAAUCAUAAACAAGAUCAGAUUGAUAAUGAGUUUGCAAACGGUCUUCGAUCUCGACAUAUUUCCAAACCUCAUAAAAUAGGUCCUACAAUACCUCAACCAUUUCAUUUUCAUGAAAUGCAUGCAAAAAAAAAUGUUGAAACGUAUAAAACUGACGCUGAAAAAGUUAAUGCCUUCUCCAGCAAAACUCCAGAUCGUUUUCGAACUUCAAAACGAAAUGCAGGACCCGACCUUCCGAAGAAAACGAGACUGACCGUCACUGUCCCUAAAACACCUAACUUUUCCAAACAUCCAAGAAGACAUACAACCAUUCUCUCAGCAAGAGAAAAGGAAGAGUUGGAAAUAGAAGAUAUGAAUAAGCAUCAGUUUAAAGCCCACUCUGUUAAUAAGAAAGUUAUGGAGGUUCCAAAACUAAAAAAGCCUGAUGCAAAACCCGCGACUGUUAUUGAACCUUUCGAUUUUGAAAGUAGUCAUCGACCUCGAAAGGAGCAUGAAAAUAUGGAUGAAUCAAUAGUCCAUUUUCAUGCGAAACCAGCUCCUAAACAUAUAUUAAAACAUGCUAUUGGUAUUCCAACCGUUGAAACUGCUCCGAUAACCGUUCCUGAAUCUCCUGCUUUUCAAACUAGACAGAGGUCACGUCCCCAAAAACCGGUCACUGUGGAGAAGCCCAAAAAUAAUAAUGAGCAUAAAACUAAAGUACAUCACGGUGUGCCUUUCAUACCGAAAUCUGCGACCAACCAUAAAGUUUCCGCGGAGGCAUCUACACCCAUUGUUUAUAAACGUUCGAAAGCAAUGCUUGAACAUCGGGAUAAGUUUGUUGAAAAAGAGUUGAAAAAAGAGAAAGAGAUGAGACACUUUGAGGCAACACUUUUACCCUAUUCUGUUGAGAAUCCACAUAAUUUACCAGCCCCAAAAGAAAUUCCUAUUACAAAGCCCAAACCAUUUGAUUUCCUUGUUGACGAGAGAGGCGAAAAGUAUAAAGAAAAACUGGCUCAUCUAAUUUCAGAAGAAGAAGAAAAGCUUAGAAAAGAAGCGGAAUUUAAAGCUAAGGACCCGGUCAUCCUAAAAUCGAAACCAUUUGCUCCUAAAAUUGAUAAAAAACCAAUCACACAUCCUGAAGGUUUUCAAUUUGCAACUGAAAAGAGGGCAAUGGAAAGAGAGGAUUACGAAUCAUGGAAGCGACAAGCUGAAGAGGAAAAAGCUGCUUUACAGGCAGCUAGAAAAAGAGAAAAAGAAGAAAUGGAGAGAAGUCUUGCCGAAGAAGCAAGAAAGAAGACUAUUCUUAAGGCAAAUCCCAUCCGCACUUAUAAGCCUGUUCAUCCUUUCUCUCCUAAGCCGCUAACUGAACCAAAAACACCAAAAUUUUCAAAUAGAACCCGUUGUCAUGAGGAUGAGAUUUUGAAAGAUAUACAAAAUAACUUUUAA